AUGGCUUCCUCACCGCGUCCCAAGACGGAGGGCCUGCUCGCCCUCUGCCUGCUCUCCCUGCUUGCUGCGUCAAUAGCUGCGCCUCUCGCCGGUCCCAAGUGCAAGAACCGGUUCCCCAAGUACCCGCUCUGCAAGUUCGUCAACGACAUGGCCACUUCGUUCACGCCCACCGUCGUCGACGCUGCCAGCGGGAAGACGCUUCAGAUUAGCGCCUACCAGAUCUACCACAAAUUUCACCGCGACCUGCCGGCGACGAAGCAGUACGCGUACGGAAUGGACGCGAAGACGGCGUCGUAUCCGGGGCCCAUCCUGAUCGCGAAGAAGGGCGUGCGCACCAAGGUGUACUGGCAGAACAAGCUGCUGGACCGCCAGCACAUGUUCACCAACGACUUCACGCUCAUGCCUGGCAUGGCCAAGCCCAAGAUGGGCGGCAUUCCCAUCGUGGUGCACAGGCACGGAGGCGAGCAGAUGAGCGAUUUCGACGGGCACCCCGACGCGUGGUUCACGCAGUUCGGCGAGGUCGGCCCCACCUUCAAGUCGCGCCUGUACCGCUACGGCAACCAGCAGAGCGCGUCGCUCAUCUGGUUCCACGACCACGCGCUCGGGUGGACGCGGCUCAACACGGUGGCGGGGCUGGCCGGCGCGUACAUCAUCGUGGAUCCCAAGGGCGAGGAGAAGAACCUCCAGUUCCUCCCGCAGCCCGGCAGCGGGCGCUACGUGCCUCUCGUUCUCGCCGACCGCUCGUUUUUCGCCAACGGGUCGAUCGACUACCCGAACGUGGGGAUCGUGCCGAAGGUGCACCCGAACUGGGUUCCCGAGUACUUUGGUAACCACAUUCUCGUGAACGGCGUCGUGUGGCCGUACCUCAAGGUCCGGCGAGCGCUGUACCGCUUCCGCGUGCUGGGCGGGUCGAACGCGCGCUUUUACAACCUCAGGUUCACGUGCGCAGGACGCGGAGACUACCCCAACUUCACGCCCCCGCUGAAGGGCCCCAGCCUCGAGAUUAUCCAGAUCGGUUCGGAUGGCGGGUACCUGGCGGCGCCGGUGCGCAUGUCGUCGCUGCUGGUGAUGCCGGGCGAGCGGAUGGACAUUCUGGUGGACUUCAACGGCGCGCCCGGGCACUGCAAGGACGUCAUUCUCACCAACGACGCACGCGCCCCGUACCCCGCCGGCGAGCCCGCCGACGCCAACACGGGCGUCGUCAUGCGCUUCGUGCUGAAGAAGACCAAGAUCCCCUCCCCGCCCAUCCCUAGCUCCCUCGUCACGGAGCAGAGCAUUCCUCGGGUGGAUGUUGCUAGCGCGGUGCGGUCGCGGUUCAACACGUUGGUAGAGAUCAUGGACCCCGCGACGCAGCUGCCCAUCCGCGUGACCAUCGACGGCAAGAUGCACCACGACCCCGCCACCGAGAUCGCCAAGGAGGGCACGGCGGAGCUGUGGAACAUCAUCAACCUCAGCGCGGACGCGCACGCCAUGCACCUGCACCUCAUCCAGCACCGCCCCAUCUCGCGCCGCCCCUUCGACAUCGCCAAGUUCCAGGCAGGCAAGUGCUCGUUCAAGGACAAGAGCAAGGCCAGCUGCUACACUGGCCCCGCUGUUGAGGUGAACGCGAAUGAGCGCGGGUGGAAGGACACGACCCUGUCGCAGCCUGGCCAGGUGCUCACGAUUUACACUCCGUUCUACCAGCAGUCGGGGGUGAAGACCUUCGAGUUUGACGCGAGCCGCGGGCCGGGCUAUGUGUGGCAUUGCCACAUGCUGGAGCACGAGGAGAACGACAUGAUGCGGCCGCUCCUCAUCACCAAGUGA